ACGGAAAUGAAACUCACUAAAUCGAAAUCCAUGUCUGUAGCCAACCGUAACGUGAGAACGUAAGACUUGUUUGUAACAGUUCGGAGGCUGUAGCGUUGUCGGUGAUGGAUCCUCUGCUUUCUACUGUUACUUUGAAUGUGAGGAGGGGGAAACUGCGGCACGAAAGCCCUGAAGGAAGGAUAAAACAGCUGCUUGAAGAUGCUGAAAUUCAAGAUAGAAUAUUCCAGUAUGAUACGAAGCUCGAGGAAAUUGAAGCGUCUACAAUAGCACGAGAGUAUUUAAUGUGGGAAGACCAUUACUUCUAUUCGGAUGAUCUUAUUGAGAAAUACCGCGAUGACACUCUACCUUACGAUCUUUGGGGCAGUGCUUGCUCUCUGAAUUCAAAUUCAGAUGCGGAUUCGGAAAGCAGCUCGGUGACAGACGAACCAGUAUUGGCUGUGCAGGCUAUCAGGUCAAGCUUUCGAGGAGAUAGUGCAGCUUGUUCUUCUGAUUCAGACAGCGAUGAUAUUUCCCUGCACUUUGGCAUUGCCAAUGCAGCUAUCAGUUAUAAAAAGAUCGAAAGACCCAAAAAGAAUGAAAGCAAAGCUUCAACAAUUAAUAAUUCAUCUCGCAAAGUGAUGCCAAACUUGCCAGCCGGUCUACCUCUGGUUAUCACUGCAACUUUAGCUGAUCCUCAAGACAAUAAAAAUCACGCUGAGUUAAAACUCGCUGAUGUGAGUGCACGAGGAACAGGACGCAAAAAGGCCUUGGCCAGAACUCACUCGUGUACCUACGAAGGUUGUAAUAAAUCUUACACUAAAAGUUCUCAUCUCAAAGCACAUUUGAGGACACAUACGGGGGAAAAACCGUACCAAUGUAAUUGGAAAGGUUGUGCUUGGCGUUUUGCACGUUCCGAUGAACUAACUAGACACUAUAGAAAGCAUACUGGAGUUAAACCAUUUCAAUGUCCGACGUGUAGUCGAAGUUUUUCUAGGUCAGAUCAUUUAUCGCUGCAUAUGAAGCGACACGACAAUUGAUUUAUGAUAAUUGGAUGUAAAAAUGCCACGAUCUCUAGGUACAAUUUGCAAUUUUCACAAUCUGUAUAAAUAAUUACAAUUAAGGUGUUUGAAUGUGUGCACGUUGUGUGUGCGAGAGAGUAUAUAUAUUUGAAAGAAUUGUAUAGUUUUAUUCCAAUUGAAUCCAAGAAUAUAUUAAAUAAUUCUUUGUAUGAUGUGAAA